CAAUAUUCGCGCGUCCGCGUCGUUUAGAGCUGCGACGCGGAACAUGGCGCGUUCCUAGAAGCCGCUUUCGGCAUCAGUAGGCGGCGGCGUGUGGACUGUAAGCGUGGGGCGCGGGGCCAACCGUUGCCGCUUGGUGUUGGGAAGUGGAAGCGGGAGAACUGGGCUAUUCCGGACCGAACCAAGCGGUGAGGCCCCGGCCUGAGAGCCCCAGAGCGCGCGCGAUGAAAGGGAGGAGUGGGCUGGACAGCGGAGACCUGUUUCCAUGGAUCUCAAUAGUGCCAGCACUGUUGUUCUUCAGGUCUUAACACAGGCCACCAGUCAGGAUACUGCUGUGUUAAAACCAGCUGAGGAGCAGUUGAAACAAUGGGAGACACAGCCAGGUUUCUAUUCAGUGUUGCUGAAUAUUUUCACAAACCACACUCUGGAUAUAAAUGUAAGGUGGCUUGCUGUGCUGUAUUUUAAAAAUGGAAUUGAUCGUUACUGGAGACGUGUAGCACCUCAUGCUCUCUCAGAGGAAGAGAAAACUACAUUGCGUGCAGGGCUGAUCACUAACUUCAAUGAACCAAUAAACCAGAUUGCAACUCAGAUUGCAGUGCUGAUUGCAAAAGUUGCUCGAUUGGACUGUCCCCGACAGUGGCCUGAACUGAUUCCCACUCUUAUAGAAUCUGUGAAAGUCCAGGAUGAUCUUCGACAGCACAGAGCAUUACUUACCUUCUAUCAUGUUACUAAGACUUUGGCCUCUAAACGGCUGGCUGCUGAUAGAAAACUGUUUUAUGAUCUAGCCUCUGGAAUUUAUAAUUUUGCCUGCUCUCUGUGGAAUCACCAUACAGACACAUUCCUUCAACAAGUUUCUUCUGGUAAUGAAGCUGCAGUUCUAAGUUCACUAGAACGAACUCUACUAUCAUUGAAAGUGCUGCGUAAGUUAACUGUCAAUGGAUUUGUGGAACCUCAUAAGAACAUGGAGGUGAUGGGUUUUUUACAUGGAAUAUUUGACCGUCUAAAACAAUUUCUGGAAUGCAGUAGAAGUAUAGGUACAGAUAAUGUAUGUAGAGAUAGACUGGAAAAGACCAUUAUUCUUUUUACUAAAGUGCUUUUGGACUUCUUGGAUCAGCAUCCUUUUUCAUUUACUCCUCUAAUUCAGAGAUCACUGGAAUUUUCUGUAAGCUAUGUAUUUACAGAAGUUGGUGAAGGGGUUACAUUUGAACGAUUCAUUGUCCAAUGCAUGAAUCUUAUUAAGAUGAUUGUCAAAAAUUAUGCCUAUAAGCCAUCCAAAAAUUUUGAAGAUAGCAGCCCUGAAACCCUUGAAGCUCAUAAGAUUAAGAUGGCCUUCUUCACAUAUCCCACUUUGACAGAGAUAUGUAGAAGAUUAGUCUCUCAUUAUUUUCUGUUAACUGAAGAAGAACUGACAAUGUGGGAAGAAGACCCCGAAGGCUUUAAUUUUGGAAACUAUUAUUUCUGGAGAGCAUUAUUUGUCAUAUUUUUAAUUGUAGCAGUGGAAGAAACAGGAGGAGAUUCUUGGAAAUACAGUUUGAGGCCUUGCACUGAAGUACUAUUUAUAGAUAUAUUCCAUGAAUAUAAUCAGACUCUUACUCCCGUACUUCUAGAAAUGAUGCAAACACUUCAAGGGCCCACUAAUGUGGAAGAUAUGAAUGCACUAUUAAUCAAAGAUGCUGUGUAUAAUGCUGUUGGAUUAGCAGCUUAUGAGCUGUUUGACAGUGUUGAUUUUGAUCAGUGGUUUAAAAACCAACUUCUUCCAGAAUUACAAGUCAUUCACAAUAGGUAUAAGCCAUUGCGACGCAGGGUGAUUUGGCUCAUCGGUCAGUGGAUUUCUGUGAAAUUCAAGUCUGACUUAAGACCCAUGUUAUAUGAGGCAAUUUGUAACUUGCUUCAAGACCAAGAUUUAGUGGUCCGUAUUGAAACAGCUACAACUCUGAAGUUAACUGUUGAUGAUUUUGAGUUUAGAACAGAUCAGUUUCUACCGUAUUUGGAAACCAUGUUCACACUACUUUUUCAGUUACUGCAGCAAGUUACAGAAUGUGACACAAAGAUGCAUGUUUUACAUGUCCUUUCUUGUGUGAUUGAAAGAGUCAACAUGCAGAUACGACCGUAUGUAGGAUGCUUGGUGCAAUAUUUGCCUCUUCUUUGGAAGCAGAGUGAAGAACACAAUAUGUUGAGAUGUGCUAUUCUGACAACACUUAUUCAUCUUGUUCAGGGAUUAGGAGCAGACAGCAAGAACCUGUACCCUUUCCUGCUCCCAGUUAUUCAACUGAGUACAGAUGUUUCCCAGCCUCCACAUGUUUAUCUUCUGGAAGAUGGUUUAGAAUUAUGGUUAGUGACUUUGGAAAACAGCCCAUGUGUUACACCAGAGUUGCUUCGUAUAUUUCAGAAUAUGUCACCACUUCUUGAACUAAGUUCAGAAAAUCUCAGAACCUGCUUUAAGAUCAUCAAUGGGUAUAUCUUUUUGUCAUCAACAGAAUUUUUACAGACAUAUGCAGUAGGUCUGUGCCAGUCCUUUUGUGACCUCCUAAAGGAAAUUACUACAGAAGGUCAAGUUCAAGUGCUUAAGGUUGUGGAAAAUGCCCUUAAAGUAAACCCAGUAUUAGGCGCACAAAUGUUUCAACCAAUUCUACCCUGUGUUUUCAGAGGUAUUAUAGAAGGGGAGAGGUAUCCUGUAGUGAUGUCAACAUAUCUUGGAGUUAUGGGUCGAGUCCUGCUGCAAAACACUAGUUUCUUUUCUUCACUUCUUACUGAGAUGGCACAUAAAUUUAAUCAGGAGAUGGACCAGCUUUUGGGAAAUAUGAUUGAAAUGUGGGUUGAUCGCAUGGACAAUAUUACCCAGCCUGAAAGAAGAAAACUUUCAGCUUUGGCUUUGCUUUCUCUUCUGCCUUCUGAUAAUAGUGUUAUCCAAGAUAAAUUCUGUGGGAUUAUAAACAUUUCAGUGGAGGGCCUACAUGAUGUCAUGACAGAAGAUCCUGAAACAGGAACUUAUAAAGACUGUAUGUUGAUGUCUCAUCUUGAAGAACCAAAAGUAACAGAAGAUGAAGAACCACCCACAGAACAGGAUAAGAGGAAAAAAAUGUUGGCCCUGAAGGACCCAGUGCACACAGUGUCACUGCAGCAGUUCAUCUAUGAGAAGCUCAAGGCACAGCAGGAGCUACUGGGAGAGCAAGGCUUCCAGUCCCUCAUGGAGACGGUAGACACAGAGAUCGUCACCCAGCUACAGGAGUUUUUACACGGCUUCUGAGAGCACAUGACAUGUGGCUGCUCCGUUUUUGAAACAAGCCAAGGAAGCCAGCCAGCCAUCUGGGUGUGAGAGCCUGCUGAGACGAUGAAGAAAUAAUCCCUUGUGUAUGAAAAUAAAGAUGUGAAGACCACACAAUUUUUUACUACAAAAUUUAGUGACUAAAUGUAAAUCCCACAUACAUAAAAUCACAAACCUAUUCCUCAAAAAGAAUUUAAUUUUAUAUUUAUGAGGGGCCCUGUGUUUACUGUAGAGAGUUGAUGACAAUAGCUGCUUAGUUUCCUGUUAAGAGAAGAAACUGUUUGAUUACCUUUUAAUCAUGUGCUCUUAACAUUUGAGAAGAUGAAGAUUAACGUCUGAGAUGGUUUUCUGCAACCAAAAUUAUUUAAAUUUGGUUGCCUUAUCCCAUUUUUAAGCUAAUGAAACUACUAGUUCAAAAAAUGACAAAGCUGUGUCAGAUGCAGUUAAGAAAUUUGUGCACCAAACAAAACUAUAAAAAUACUGACAAAUAUACAUUACUGAGAUUACCUUGGAAGGAAGAUGCUUUCAUCUGACAAAGAAAACGUGUUUUAUCAGACAAAUGUUUUUAUUUUCAUUCUAGUAAUUUGAUACGGGAAUUAGUAAAGGGAUUUUUUUCUCAUUUUAUUUUAAGUAAUUACAUUUAGACUUUACAUGCACAUCAUCGUAAGGCCCGUAGACGUGAACCUGUGGUAAUGCAGUACCAGGUGGAAGGCCUCUGGUGGUCGUGAUUUGGUCCUAGUUCCUCUGUUACUCCCAAGGCCAGGAGCCCUGGGAACACCAAGAAGACCCAGGUGACCCACAGACACCACUCCCCCAUGCUGUGAUGUGAUUCUGAAAGGAUAUUUGACACCCAUUUCAGGCUCCUCAGUUCAGGGGUGCAUCAGGGCUCGAUGAUAUGGGUACACCUUGGAGGACUCGGAAUGUGUACCAACUGAUGUGACAAGUCUUCCUUUCUUAUUCAGCAUGCAGUACCAAAAAAGGGGGAAAAGGAGAAAAUAAAGCCUUAUUUUGUUUCACUGGCCAUUUAUUAAAAGGAACCUUUAAAGCAUUUUUAAGGAAAUACUCAAAAGCAAGGUUGGAAAAUAUCUGAUCUUUCUAUAGAAAGUUGGGUGCAGUAUGUAACUGCAGGAAACCCACUGCCCCUUUGUAAGCUACGGAACCCAAAAUGUUUGGAAAUAUUGGAUGUUUUCAGCAAGGGAAAGAAAAUAUGGUCCAAAUUAAAUUUUCCAAAGAUACCUUA